AUGGUGGCAGCGUUGCCAUUACAGAUCAAUACGAGAGGCCCGCCUCGGGCAGAGGGAAUAUCAGGGGCUAGCAGUCCUUAUCCUGAAUCGCUGACAGGGCCAAGGACACCCCGCAGACCGCAAACCAAUUCCAACUUUUCAAAAGACUCGGAAUGCUGGAAACAAGCCAAAGAAAUCUUUCAAAAACAACUUCUUUCCAAAUACGAUGGCACCGACAAGGUCCAUGAGAUCCAGGCCCGAAUUCACGAUUUUCUGCAGGCUCGGGAUAAUCUUGACGGGACACUAUACCAAUGCCAAAAGCUCCGUCGUUUGGCUGAGAAACGAUAUGAAGGGAAGAUCGGUGGGUUUAUUAGAGUUCUACAAGAUGUUAGAGACAUUGGAGAUCCUAUUUUAUCUGCGGCGCCAGACAUUGUUGGCGUGGCUUGGGGAACAUUCAGCGCUUUGAUUGGAAUCGCCAUUCACGACAUGGACAAUUGUGACAAUAUCUCAGAUACCUGUGUCACUGUCAUUACCAUCAUUCUGACCUGUCGACUAUAUGAAAAUCAACUCAUAAACAUGGAUGAUGGCGGCUCUGAAAACCCAGCAGGAGAGUUCGACGGCGACCGGCAACUUCAGGAGCAAUUGCUUUCCGCAAUUAAGGAAGCUUUGGUUGGUAGUCUCGAAUUCUUUUGGCAUGCCACCAAAAAGUUUACGGCCGAAGCUCCCACUCGGAGAGCGGAAGACAAGAAAAAACUGAAAUUCACAAAGAUUAAACUAUUCUUUCGAAAUAUCUUCGACGCGGAGACAAAAGAAAAGUAUGACGAGUUGAUCACCCACUAUGGCGCGGUUAAAGAGAAGGCAGGUCUAGCCUUCCAGGAGAAAGUCAUGACAUUCCUCCGCGCCAUCCGCAGGCAAGACAAGGAACAGAUAUCUCGCUUACAAGAUUUGAUAUCGACAAACACCGACACAAUGACUGAAGGGUUGAAAAGAAUCGAAAACUCGAUGCACGCUUACAUGGUGCAGCUAAUAACCGGGGUCGGGGUGGUAUCGUCCACCGUCGUAAGCGCAAAGGAAGGUGUAGAUAGGCUUGUUGAUGAAAAAAACGUGAAAGCAUUUCGUAAUUAUAUCGAAGGCUAUCGCAAAAGGUUACAGCCAAACGAAACGCACCAGAUUCAGCUCGACGCCACCUUGCAGUCGUUAAGAUAUGGGAAAGAUCAUCUGUGCAGUUGGCUAUUCGAUAACGAAGCAUACAAGUCGUGGGAACGAGAACCGCCAAACCCUGUUCCAAUGGACCAACAGGAUAAUACAAACAUGGCGGUAUUAGAAACCCGCAAGCGUUCGGACGGCCCUUCGGCUGCAGAUGGCCUCGUCCCACAGAUGCUCCUUUAUGUUAAGGGGCUCGCUGGUUUUGGGAAGUCAGUUAUGAUGGCAUUGACGAUACGACGACUGAAGCUGAGACUAAGAGGGGAAAUACCAAUCAAUGAGAGCACUUCAUUCAUAGUUAAGCCAAAAGAUCAAGCAUGGCUGGAAACACAAAGAGCUACCGCCACAAAACAGGAUAACAAACCUUUAGUUCUCUUCUGGUUUUUCAAAAAAGGCCUCGAUGCAACACAACGCAAGGAGCAAGCUACAUCUAGUCUUCUCGCUCAGAUAUUUGACGAAAGGAACAUUGAGACUAAUCAAGAAGUCGAGAGAUUCGUCCAAGCAAUCCAAAGUUUAGAAAGACUUCAGCCCCAGAAGAAGAAUUGUUCAAAUGACAAAGAAGGUGACCAAGCUGAGAGAGAUCAGGUCAAGAAGAAGGAAGGCGAAGAAGCCGAACGGAACUUUUCUCGCCUCUUAAGUAAUUUAUCGAAGAUUGAGCUGAUAGCAAAAAUCAUAAUGAAGACGGUUUAUAUCGUGGUUGACGGUUUGGAUGAAUGUUUGAACUACGACACGUCAGAUCUCGUUCCGGAGUUAAUUCGGUUGAGUCGGUCGAAAGAGGUCAAUAUAAAAGUGCUACUCUCGAGUCGAACAGACAUAGGUAUGGAGCGCCACUUUUGGAAGAAUCCGGAGGCGGAAAAACAGCUUGCGGCGAUAGAUUUAGAGCAUGAUGAUUCAACCGAUGAUUUGGAAUAUGCUGCUCGUCUUAGCUUCUUUCAUGAGAGAACAUAUGAAGAAACUACGAUGCUAACAGUUACCGAGCUGACGAACUCGCGUGACAUGGUUGAAUACCUUAAUAUGUCGCUGCGACAUGUCAUGAAGCAACGGAUGCCCCGAGCCUAUCAUCCAGACAAAGGAGGAAAAGUCAGUCUACGUCUCAAAAGCGGACGGCUACGAAACGAGAUCGAGGCACUAGUCCAAAAGAUUCGCUCCAAAUCAAAGGGCAUGUUCACAUAUUGCGCGAUGGUCAUAACGAGCCUUGAACAACCGUCAGAGUUAUCGUUGGCUGAGCGUUUGGGUGAUUUGCCGACUGGGAUGAACGAACUGUAUUCCCAGCAGCUUGCCUCACUAACAGACGCUGAAAGGAACCUUGUAAUGCUCGCGCUCCGUAGAAUAAUGUACAGCCCUUCCGUCCUCAACACGAUUGAAAUUGCUGAGCAGUUUAAGAAGAUUUACCUGAAGGAAGGGGAAGUGGAGGAUGGCGUGAGUGGAGACGACUAUAAUGAUUGUGGCGACGAGAGCCCUGAGAGCAGCAUAAACGGCGACGAUAUCGAUGUUGCCCCUAAUCACGGCCAAUCAGAACAAAGCGAAAUUAAUACGGAGGAUGCAUUGGAACACCCGAAGGACGCCUCGGAGAAGAGCUUUAGGGAAGAGCAAUUUGAACGUGCUAUGCAAAAUCCUGAGAUUUUUGCUACCGUCAAUCAUCUGAGUGUAGCGGGAAGGGACUUUUUCAAGUUUUUGAAUGACAAAAGAAACAUCAAUGUCAUUCAUACAACGGUUCGAGAAUGGUUCGAGAGAGAAACUAGAGAGGCUGCAAAGAAGGACUAUAGCAUUCGAGACUUAUUCCGCGUUAGAGAAGACAAAGAAAAGGGUGAUAUGGUGUUAAGAUUACGGAUCCCGAAGAGGUACGCGCAGGCGGAUUUUGAAGACGAAAAACAUACUGAACUUGAUAUUUUAAUCUACUUACUUCAGGUCUUGACGAAUCAAAAAUUUCAGCAAGCAUACUUGCCCAAUUUCCCUGAUGAAGAUGAAGCUAUUCUAGAGCCUAGGGAGAAUGAGCCGUGGCGAGGGGAAAUUGUACAUUGGACUCACCACAUGCGCCGUGUCGGGGAACUUUGGCCACCAGAAGAGCGGACGACGAAAAAGUGGCAUACUAUGAGAGAGUACCUUCGAAAGUUGUUACAACCGGAGAUAUUUAAGCGGUGGGCCCUUCAAUACGGGUUGCAAACGGGUGUCGACCUUAGUAUGAUCCGGGGCUACGCUGUUGCCUCUAGGCCCGCCAUUACUGGGAGUGUCUUUGGACUAGAGGUCCUCAUAGAUUUUCUGCUCAAGGCAGAAGAUCUCCAGCACGAGAUAACCUACAUAACGCCGGCAAAGCACACUAUUCUCCAUUACCCAGCCAUAUUUAGUUUCCCAGAGCUCGUCCUAGAAGUAAUCAAGCGAGGAGUGGCUAUAAACGGCCAUUGCACUUGUUCUGCGGACAAUACUGCAUUUAUGACGUGCCUUAGAGAGGUCGGAUUUUUUGACCUGCAUGCAGAGUCAUUGGAUACAGAAGGACAAGACAAAAGAGACAAACUGAUACAGUCACUGAAGUAUAUGAUUGAAAAUGGGGCUGAUCUCAACAUGCCUCUCACCAAAGCUCCUCAACUACCCCUUCAAAGGAUUAUCGCGAUUGGAGAUUCAAGUUUGUUCGAGCUUGCUUUAAGCCGGGUUGAUACCAUGGUUGUUGACUUAGAAUUACGCGAUGAUAACCAAAGGACAGCACUACAUACGGUCCUCUCAAAACGAUGCAAGCUACCCAACAAUUUACAGCUUGCCUUUGCCAAGAAGCUCCUCCAGAAAGGUGCAAAUCCGAAUGCGGAGGAUAAACAUAGCAGGACGCCUCUAUACAAAGCAGUUUCCGCCAAAAACCUCGACGCAGUGAGACUCCUCCUCGACUACGGACACAACGUGGAUUUUAUGGUCAAUGAUGAUGACGUGCAUGGAGAAACCGCACUUACAAAGAUUGCAACGGAGGCCAGCACUCCGGAAGACCUUAAAAUUAUCGAUUUCUUGGUCGAGAAGGGAGCUAACCUCCAGUAUUUGUCCACGUGGAGUGGGAGAAAUGCUCUCUGUACCGCGAUUUAUUACGAAAAAUGGGCUGCGGUCGAUUCACUCUUGAAGAAACAUAAGAAGGUUUAUGGUGAAGUAUAUACCGGUCUUAGCCAAAAGGAUGCCGACGGAGAGACUAUCCUCCAUCGGGCCGUCUCCGAUGAGAAUGGCAGGGACAUGAUAGAUCAUAUCCUCGGAGCUCUGACGCCGCUUGAAAGCAACACAUUGUUGGAAGAGAAGGGAGGGAUUCAGCAGAUGACACCAUUCCAUAAAGCGAUUGACAGUGGAUACCUGAAUCAUGCCGCCUACCUUCUUGAUUUCGGUGCUAGCCCUUUUGCUGCCGAUUCGAAAAGCAUGGCUGCCGGGUCGCGUUUCUUACAGCAGUUCGUUAGUUCUGAAACCUUCCCGCAACCCGACACCCCGCUGUUUAUUGCACAUCGAAAGUUAUUCCGGGCUUUUGCUUUUGCGCCAAACUGCCGUGGAUACGACCAGAUAUUUGACGGAAGCAGCAAAGUACUAGAAUCGUACCUAAAUCUAGAGCUGGAUCCACUCGUACCGCUUGAAGAUGGCUGGACUGCUCUUGAUUUCGCGUAUGCCUUCGGUAAACAAUCGACGAUGCAAGGACGGGUUGCGAAUUAUGACCAUAUGAUCUCGAAUCGACUGCAGGAGUGGAGAAGUAUAUUCAAACCGCUUCAACAAUGGGGAGUUCAAAUGUCGCAUGCUGGUGCUGAGAUAUCCUCUGACGGUCUUACUUGCAGCGUGCGGGUUUGUCAAGACGGGACAGAGGAGCAGAGUGAGGUAAAUGCAAUGGAAAAAAAAAUCGCAAGGAUUCACACCAACAAGCCAAUCGCUCCAUACGAUGAGAAUUUCUACUUCGAAGUACAAAUUUCGGUCGAUGAAGAGAAUGGGGGAAAAUUCGAGAUCGGGCUUACGAGGGAUCCUUACAUCACCGACUUUCUUCCAGAUUCUGAAAACGAGAUGCGACAUAAGUUCUCCGAGGCAAGCAACAGCGAUAUUUUCGGCUGUGGCUAUCAUCAAAAAGAAGGUGUCAUAUUCUGGACUGUGAAUGGUAUAGUCGUAAAAUCUAGUCGCGAAGGUAUUCGUGGUAAACUUUAUCCUAUAUUCGCAGGUCUGGGGAUAUUUGUUGUGAAAGCGAAUUUCGCCGGCCCAUUUCAGUGGCAUCGAUAUCACAAUGCCGAAGAGUUGGAUGUUGAUUCACAAUAG